AUGCUGACCGGGUAUGUCAACUGUCUGAUGGAUCUUGGUCCUUGCACGGCUGAUGGAAAGGAAUUAAAAAAGAACCUUCCGGAUGCUAUAGAGAAUGAUUGCAGGAAAUGCACUGAGCGACAGCGCGAAGGUGCCGACCGUGUCUGUCAUUACCUCAUCGACAAUAAACCCGAAGACUGGACCAAACUCGAGGAGAAAUACAAAUCAGAUGGAAGUUAUAGAGCCAAAUACUUAGCCAGUAAGCAGACUAAAGAUGAAAAAGAAUCAAAUGCCACAAAAUCAAGUGAAGAUACAAAUAAUGUUUCUAAGGAAUAG